UCCAGCUCCCCCGCGGAGCUCCAGUAUGCUGUUGCCGGGAAACGCGUCCUCCGGCUGGCCUGAGGUCCCGGGGUUGAACCUGUCGGAGGCGCAGGGCGACGGUUCGAGUCCGGAGGCGGUGGUGGUGCCGCUGGUGUUCGGGCUGAUCUUCGUGGUGGGCCUGGUGGGGAACAGUCUGGUGAUGCUGGUGAUCUGGAGGGUGAGGGGCAGCGGCGCAGGGGGAGGAGGAGCGAGGCGCACCGCCAGCACCACGAACAUCUUCAUCCUGAACCUGAGCGUCGCGGACCUCCUCUUCCUCCUCUUCUGCGUCCCGCUGCAGGCCACCGUCUACUCUCUGCCGCAGUGGAUGUUCGGCUCGUUCCUCUGCAGCUUCGGUCACUUCUUCUUCACCGUCUCCAUGUUGGUCAGCAUCUUCACGCUGGUCGCCAUGUCCGCGGACCGCUACAUCGCCGUGGUGCGCUCCAACCAGGCUCAGUGCGUCCGGAGCCGCAGGAACGCUCUGAUCGGGGUGUGCGUCAUCUGGACGCUGUCGGUGGCGUGCGCGGUGCCGGUGGCUCAGCACCAGACCCUCACCACUCACCCCUCCGCCCCCAACAGCACCUUCUGCUGGGAGCAGUGGAGCGGAGCCUCCAGACACGCGUACAAGGUUUCCAUCCUGCUGCUCGGUUACCUGCUGCCGCUGCUGCUCAUCAGCUGCUGCUACACCAGGGUUUUGUUUCAUCUUCACAACAAAAUGAAGAAUAUGUCACAGAAGUCUGAACGAGUCAAGAGGAAGACGGCUCAGAUUGUCCUCCUGGUUGUCGCCGCCUUCACCAUUUGCUGGAUGCCUCAUCACAUCAUCGCCAUGUGGGUGGAGUUUGGCACUUUCCCUCUGAACGAUGCCACCUUCGCCUUCCGUAUCCUGUCCCACUGUCUGUCCUACGGUAACUCCUGCGUUAACCCCGUCCUCUACGCCUUCCUGUCCGAGAACUUCCGCAAGUCCUGCCGCAAAGUCUUCCCCUGCCACUUCCUGUUUCCACCGGCACCUCAGGGUAAAGUGGUUCGACUCCGCAUGGAGAACUUCUCCUCCUCACACUCCACCACCAACGUGGGAAUGACUGUGAUCAGAUAAACAACGGAGCAAACAGCAGGGGGAGCUGUUUGCUCUGUGUUCCCAGGACUGCACGUGAUUGGCUGGGGACU